CCUUAACUUCCCAACGUCAGAAUUUCUGAUAGUUGAGUUUGAAGUUCGGCCAUUUUGCUACAUUAAAUUGAAUUCAAUUUUCUUUGGGAUUUAUAUAUGCAAAUAUAUAAAUCUUGCUUUAUAAAGAUAAAUAUCUUGGGCUGGCUAGGAAAAUGGUCAGAAACGAUCAUCUGGAUACCAAGUUAGGCUGCAUACGUCUUGAGUAAAAAAGACUAAUAAGGACACAUAUGGAGAUUAUUAUAAAUAGAGGUGUGUACUAUGGUGAUGUUAAGGGAAUGAUUCCCCAUGGCAAUGGUAAAUACACAUGGUUAGACGGUACAGUUUACGAGGGUGAUUGGAAAGAAGGAAAAAUGACCGGAGUUGGACGGAUCACUUGGUCGUCCGGAAAAAGCUAUGAGGGUGAUUUUGCUGGAGGCUAUCUUAAUGGAUUUGGCACAUUAAAAAAUUCAGAUGGGUCUAUUUAUGUAGGCUCUUGGAUGUUGAACAUUCAACAUGGGUUUGGAAGAAAGCAAUUUAGUAAUUCUGACGUUUAUGAUGGUUCUUGGAAGGAGGGAGUGCAUGAAGGUAGUGGUAAAUAUGCUUGGAGUAAUGGUGACAUGUAUAUUGGAACCUGGAAAGCCGGAUUGAUGUGUGGUCGAGGCGUGAUGAAAUGGCAUAAUGGUGAUUUGUACGAUGGUUAUUGGUUAAAUGGGUAUAGACACGGGUCAGGCGUUUAUAGGUUUGCUGAUGGUAGUUAUUAUUUUGGAAUCUGGACCCAUGGCAUCAAGGAUGGACGUGGCACGUUCUAUCCUGCAGGAACUAGGUACCGGUCUUCAACAAGAUUAAGCAAAAAGAAAGUUUUCAAGCAGAUAAAACGAAGUAUAAGCCGUAGGCUAUCUAAACAGAUAUCUAUUAUUGGAGUUUUGAAAGACUCAAUUCAGAAGUCAGGAAAGAGAAUAUCCUUGGAAGAUGAUAGGAGUAAUGGGGAUUCGGCUACGGAGUUUCUUGUGUUAGACAAUAGUGACAUAUUAUCUCAUAGCUCCGAGGAAGGGGAAAGUGAAGUGGACGAGGAUACAACUGUAAUUUGUGAACAAGAAUACAUAGAAGGAGUUCUGAUAAAAGAGAACACAAAUACGAAUGCAGGAUUAUCAUAUAAACGUGAACAACAACGUAAAUAUCAUAUGAAGGAAGUGAAAAAGAAGUCAUCUUCGGACAUUUCUAACGGCAUUAAGAGCUACCAUCUAAUGCUUAAUUUGCAGCUAGGUAUCAGGUAUAUUGUUGGCAAAACCACACGGAUUUCUAUACGUGAAAUGAGAUAUUCAGAUUUUGGAAAGCAAGCAAGAAUAAGGGUGUAUUUCCCCACAAAAGGGUCACGAAUGACACCUCCACACUCUUCAAUUGAUUUUCAUUGGAAAGAUUAUUGUCCUAUGGUCUUCAGAAAUUUAAGGGAGAUGUUCAACUUAGAUGCGGCAGAUUAUAUGAUGUCCAUAUGUGGGGAUGAUUUGAGAGAGAUUUCUACUUCAGGAAAAAGUGGCAGCCUUUUCUAUAUGUCUCUUGAUGACAAAUUUGUAAUUAAAACUUUACGAACGUCUGAACUCAAGGUAUUGCUGAAGAUGCUUCCUAGUUAUUACAAUCAUGUAAAAGAGCAUGAUAACACUCUGAUCACUAAAUUCUAUGGACUCCAUGAAAUAUCCCUGAGAGGUGGCAAGAAGGUACAAUUUGUGGUCAUGGGAAAUAUGUUUUACACCCAAUUACGGAUACAUCGUCGUUAUGAUUUGAAGGGUUCUUACCAUGGACGAAAUACUAAUAUUGAUGACAUAGACGAGGGUACCACAUUUAAAGACCUUGAUCUUGCAUAUGCUUUCCAUAUGGACAAGUCGUUACGUGAUGCCCUUUUCAAACAAAUCUAUCUAGACUGUGUCUUUUUAGAAUCACAACACAUUAUAGAUUAUAGCCUUCUACUGGGAUUGCAUUUUAGAGCUCCUAAGCAUAUGAAUGCUCUCUUAGAAGCACCAGAUUCAUACCAUGGACGUCAGAAUUAUUCUGCUGAUCAUGCUCCAACUUUUAAUGUGGACCGGUCAAUUCCACCAAAGGGACUUCUUCUUGUGACCCAUGAGCCGAGUUCUGUCAACACUGCACCCGGUCCACAUAUUAGAGGAAGUACUUUGAAAGCAUUUUCUGUAGGUGACAAGGAAGUUGAUCUCCUUCUUCCUGGUACUGCAAGGUUACGCGUGCAGUUAGGAGUAAACAUGCCAGCUCAAGCAAACCGUAAAGUCUACUCAAAAGACGAAACAAGUUCCACCGGGCCAGAACUUUUUGAGGUCUAUGAUGUUGUACUUUAUCUUGGUAUAAUUGAUAUACUACAGAUAUACAACAUGAGAAAGAAAAUAGAGCAUGCUUAUAAAUCAAGGCGCCAUGAUCCCAAAUCAGUAUCUGUUGCGGAUCCUCAGUUUUACUCCAAACGUUUUAUUAACCAUCUAGAGAAAGUUUUCCCUGCGGAAACUUGAUUAGUUUAAUACCAAUAGAUAAAUAAAGCAGGUUUUGAUGAUAAAUGUUGUAAAACUUUCGUCACGUUUAUAAAUUUUGCUAAUCAUAAACCAUAAAGCUAUGGUUAACACA